AUGGCCCAUCGACUUGUAGCUGGCCUGCAUUCUUUCUGGCCUCGUCCGAAUCAUGAUUCCUCGCAUCUCGAUUUCAGGGUGUUCGUUGACGCACUCCGGAAAGACGGUGACCUCGCCGAGAUCAAUGAUGAAGUAGACCCGCAUCUCGAAGUCGCUGCCAUCACCAGACGAGUCUACGAACGUCGCGCAAAAACUCCGCUAUUCAAUAACGUCAAAGCUGCCAGCCUUGAAGACAUCAUUGACCGGAUGUUAUCCGCGAAAAAGACCGCACCGAUACCACCUAUCCAUGUCAGCACCGGCCCCUGCAAAGAAAGGAAAAUCUUGGGAGAGGACGUGGAUCUCACGAAACUCCCCGUUCCACUGCUGAAUAAGGCUGACGGGGGCGACUACAUCCAAACUCUAGGUAUCAACAUCGUACAGCAUCUAACGGAACCAUGGACGAACUGGUCAAUCGCACGCGCGAUGAUCCACGACAAGAACCGUAUGGCAGAUGUGCCGUAUGCGAUUGCGCUAGGUGCUCCGCCGAUUGCAGUAAUGGCAGCGAGUAUGCCGCUUCCGGCGGGUGUGACUGAGGCGGAGUACGUUGGAUCACUUUGUGGCUCGCCGCUUGAGUUGGUGAAAUGCGAGACGAAUGACAUUUAUGUUCCUGCAAACAGCGAGAUUGUCCUCGAAGGAACAAUUUCAGUGACAGAUCGAGGCAAAGAGGGACUUUUCGGGGAGAUGCACGGAUAUAGCUUCCUGGACGAAGAAUUGGACCAGCCUCUCUACAAGGUCAACGCUAUCACGCAUCGCGAGAAUGCCAUUCUUCCCCUUUCUGUGCCCGGGAGAGCAACCGGACCAGACGAAACUCACACCAUGAUCGGCACCUUGGCCUCCGCAAAGAUCAGGCAGUUGUUGCAGGACAACGUCCACCGCUUGCUCGUCGUUGGAGAUGACAUCAAUCCCUUCAACUUCAACGAUGUCAUGUGGGCAUUUGCGACUCGCUGCCGGCCAUCGAUGGAUGAAUUUCAUUUUGCGGAUGUGGAUGCGUAUCCGCUCGUUCCGUACAUGUCGCAUGGCCCUGGGACGAAGCUUACGGGCGGGAAAGUUGUUGGAAAUUGCUUGCUGCCAUUGGAAUACGAGAUGGAGCAGAACUGGGUUACAUGUGAUUUUGCGAACGGGUAUCCGGAGGAUGUCAAGGAGAAGGUUCUGGAGAGGUGGGACAGGUUUGGUCUAGAAUGAAAAGGUCUAGGUGUCGUGGAUCGGCUAAUGGAGGUGAUUUCUCCUUAAUGUCAUUCUUACGCAGCAUCUAGCUUCGUCCUAGUAGUUCCCACGUGUGAUUGGCGUACCACGAUUCCUAAUAUCUCCAUCCUAUGUCAUUCCUCAUUUCCUUCGGCUCUUGAAAUUUAAGAAGCACGGGAAAAUAUUUAAUAUAUCCUCAUGCGUGAAAUCAAUCGGGCCAAUCCGAUUGAGAGCCCGAUUGAUACCUAAUUAGCUAGCAGAUUGAUUGGAGUGGUGAGAGAAGGGCCGGCCUACUCGGCCGGCCGAUGGACGGAUUGAGGAUUGGAC